AUGGAUUCACCACCCAGACGAAUAACGCGUGCAAGAGCUGCCAAAACCACAGGUCCUCGGACGACUAAGAUCGUGACCGCUGCGGCCCAAGCCAGAACCAAAUCGACACCCACCGCCUCCACUUGCACGAAGACCACGGCUGCUAAGCGCAAAACAAGAGCUGACGACUCGGAGGACGAGGAGGACCCUGUUCACGACCGGAUACCAGCCCCGCGAAAAGCGACGCGUGGACGACCCAAGAAGAGGGACGACACUCAGGCAGCCAGCACGGCUUCCGUUGCAAAGCCAACUCGAGGACGGCCAGCAAAGAAGCAGGCGACAGACGCGGCCAAAGCUGAGGCGGCCGAGGCUGCAAAACCAACACGAGGCCGCCCCAAGAAGUCUACACAACCAGCCAACGCCGAGACAGCUGCACCCGAGCCACCGAAGAAGGUGACGCGUGCCCGCGGGACGGCGGCUCCCACAGCAACAACCAAGCCAGGAAUUAAAAAGACGGUCAAGUUCGAGGAACCUGACAAGGAGAACGUUGAACCCGUCAAACGGAAGGAGCCUGCAGCAACUGGCCUCCGAGGCAAACCUGCGCGACGCGGGGGCGCGACAGCUGCACGCGCGACGCGUAAAGAAGCCACCCCAGCACCCACCGCCUCGGAUAUCCGGAAGAAGCCACUGAGCCCUAGAAAGGUGACACAGAUGCCUGUUUCACGAGACGAAGAGUCCGAGGACGAGCUCGCAGGGUUCGAGCGUACGCCAAUACCGCCUAUGAGAAAGAGUCCCGUCAAGCCACCGACCAGUGUCAUGGCGCAGGCAAAGGAGCCUCCCUCCGAGGGCCUCGACGAGGACGCCACGAUCACAGUCAACGCAGCCAUUCUGAACCCACCAAACUUGGUUACAACCACUCUUACCUCUCCAGCCAGGCGAAUCCCCCCUUCGGCCCAAAAGGAAACAAUGAAGUCUCCAGCCCGCAAAAUCGGCGCUGUACCCUUCCCUGGCUCCGCGAUAAAAUCGGCCCAACAAAGUCACGGCACAGUUGGACCUACCUCCCCGACCAAGGGUUCAUUACUCCUGUCGGCCGCAAAGAGACCACUAUCGCCCGUCAAGAACACCAACUACUCGUCGCCGACCAAGUCCAGCAGCACUCCUUCUGCGGCAUACAAAUCCUCAAUGCUGCAAACACCGGCCAAGCGGGGUAUUUCGGGACUCAAGCCAGUGAUGGAAAGUGCUUCCAGGAAGGAUGACCUGCUGCAGCGCGGAUCACCUGCGAUGAAGCCACUGGCUUCGACACCCGGGCCAGUCGGUUCGCGCCGCCCAUCGGAGAAACUUCUUCUCGAGGAAUACGAGCCAUCGGAUGAGAGUGACCAGGAUGGGGAGAGAGAUGAGGAGACUUUCACCGCCCCUAUCGAGAAGGUGAAAUUCCCCGGGCGCCUCUCGGCGGUCAUGCCACGGGAGGCUGACCCCGAUCCCUCGCUGGCAGAGGAAGAAGAUGAGGCUCAGCAGGUUCAGACUGAUGACCUGAUUGAAGAUGUACCGCUGCUUCAAGAAGAGCUCGACACUGUCGAAGAUGAAGAGGCUGGCGAUACCCAUCCAGAUCCCGCGACAGAGCCCGUAGACGAGGAACAGGACGCCGGCGCUAGAGUGGAAGAGCCAACCAAGUCUGAGGCUGCGGCAGAAGUGUCACAGCCUGAGGAUUCUGAGAAGCCCGAGGUGGCCGCCCCGCAAACUGGACAUGACGGAGAUGCCAUGUUCCAACUCGACUCCCGCGCUCUGCCAACAAAUGAGGAUUUCGACGCAGAGUCCGACAGUGAGCUGAUGUCGCCUGCGCGAGAGACUGGCGACACACCGACUGCCAAACUGGCACAGGCUGGUCACUCUCGGCGCUCAACGAUAGGCUUAACGAGUCUUGCCGAGCAGUGUGGGCAGUGGUCGGCGGCGGCGAGUCCCACCAAGAAGACUGCCAGCCGGCAGAGCACCCAAGCGCCAGAAGAGCAGGCCGUCAAUUCCCCCGCAGCAGGACCUACCCCAGCAUCAGCGCAUUUCUUUGAGGAUGAGAUGACUGUCCGUCCAGAUUUUGGGGCGACCGUGCCCCAGCAGCCUCAGUCUGAGCCCGGACCUGAGGGCGAGCUGAUGGAUCUUGACGAGCCAUUCAAUGACGUCGCCACUGAGCCGGAAGACCUGGAGCUAGCGAAAGAGGCAGAGAGCAUGGUGGGUGCCAGCUCACCGAGGAUGAAGCAGGGCUUUGAGAUGGAAGUCGGGGGACAGGAUGACACGCUGUCCGACGCGAGCCAGGAAUAUGGGGACGAGAACGAAGUCCCUGUGGACCCUGCCAUGGCGGCAGCUUCAGCGGCACCCGUCACGCCCGUUCGCCCGGAGAAGCACACCUUCUUCCACACGACGACCAAAGUGCCUCUCAAGGCGUCGGAGGAGUCCACGCCCAGCAUUCUCCAGAAGCGCAGCUUCACUGCACCUCGUGUGACCGCACAAAGGUCGAGCAUGCCAGAAGUGGAUGCCGAUUCUAACCUGACACCGAGCAAGAAGCGGACGAGUCUCGGCCCCGCGACCCCCGUCAGGGGGAUCAUGGCUCCCGAGUUCUUCACACCCACAGUGGCCCGUGCCGGCACUGAUCCCCAUCUGCUCAAAGGUGCUGUGGUAUUUGUGGAUGUACACACUAGUGAGGGCGCCGAUGCUAGUGGCAUCUUCGUGGAGCUUCUCACGCAGAUGGGCGCCCGCUGCCGCAAGCACUGGGACUGGAAUCCGGAUGGUUCGUCGAACAACGAAUGCACGUCACACAAGAUUGGGAUCACACACGUUGUCUUCAAAGACGGUGGGAAGCGGACGCUGGAGAAGGUGCGCAGGACCAAAGGUCUCGUUCAAUGCGUCGGCGUGAGCUGGGUUCUCGACUGCGAGAGAGACAACACCUGGCUCGACGAGCGCAGCUAUCUUGCCGACACGGGGCUCGUCCCACGAGGUGGCGCGCGUCGGAGAAGAAGCAUGGAGCCUAGGGCCUUAGCGAACAUGAACGGCACGCUCGUUGACAAUGGUUCGACAUCGAAGGGCACGAGUCCUCGCACGCCGUCGCCCUCGAAGCGACGGGAGAGCACGCAGUGGAUGCACACACCCUCUGACCAGGGAUUGGAGGGAGAGCAGGACGACAUUGAAUGGUCGAAGUUCAUCUUGACGCCUGUGCCGAAGACACCUGCGCCUGACGCUGUGGCGAGGGCCGCUGCUGCGCUGGCGGCAGACGACUCGAUAACGGAGAGCGACGACGACGCGUCAUGUGGAUCGCCAAUGGACCACGAAGCAUUGUUGAUGAGAACGUGCCCUCCCAAGACGAGGCCAUUGCGGGAUCUCACUGGCAGCAGUCCUCUGAAGAACAUGCUGGACGAGCACGCGAUGCAGCGGCUCAUGGCGGCGAGGCGCAGGAGCAUGCAGUACGCUCCCAAAAUAGGGAGCCCAUUGGCCAAGGCUUGGAAGUAG